AUGUGCUGCCCUCCACUCACUGCAAGUCACCUUCCACCGUGCCUUUCCUUCCCUCCCUUCCCCCAUCGCCCACUAACCUCUACCCACUCUCUGCAUCCCUCCCUUCCCCGUCUCUCCCCUCCUCAGCUUCACCGCUUCCUCGCAAGUGCAGCCCUCCACUCACUGCCAGUCACCUCCCAUCAUCUCUCUUCCCUGCUCUCACCCUUCCCCUCCCCCUCUCCCCUCCUCAGCUUCACCGUUUCCUCUCAAGUGCAGCCUGCCACUCACUGCCAGUCACCUUCCACCGGGCCUUUGAACACACCUCUUCACCGCUUCCUCGCAAGUGCGGCCUGCCAUUCACUGCCAGUCACCUUCCACCGCGCUUUUGACCACACAAGAGAUCCUAUGGCUGCACUGCAGGUUCUUAUAUCGAGUGGAGUGACGAGGCUGCUGACGUCAGGGCAGCGGGCUACAGCAGAGGAAGGAGUGGGGCUGAUCAGGAAGUUGGUGGAGGAAGCACAAGGAAGAAUCCAUAUCAUGGCUGGAGGUGGAGUAAGUCCAGAGAAUGCAGCAAGUAUUGUCACGCAAUCAGGUGUAUCGCACAUCCAUGCAUCGGCACGAUCGUUGGCACCGCAAACAGAGAAGAUACACUUGAAUGAUCUCUGCCCAUUUCGAGCAACAAGUAUGCCUCCAGAAGGAUGCCUCAUGCAAACUAAUCCUAGAAAGGUUUCUGCAAUACUUCUAGCAAUUCAACCCAAGUGA